AUGUCUGACGCUCUUGUUUCAUACGCAGCUUUAAUCUUAGCAGAUGCAGAAAAGGAAGUUUCCUCCGAAAACUUACAAACUGUUUUAAACGCAGCAGGUGCAAAUGUUGACUCAAUCUGGACUUCUGUUUUUGCAAAGGCAUUAGAAGGUAAGGACUUAAAGGAAAUCUUAUUCUCUAUGGCAGCAGCAGCACCAGCAGCAGCAGCAGGCUCCGCAGCGGCAGCGGGUGGUGCUGAAGAAGCAGCAGCAGAAGCAGUUGAAGAAGAAAAGGAAGAAUCUGAUGAUGACAUGGGUUUCGGUUUGUUCGACUAA